AUAACCCAUCAGGGUUACCAUAAAGGUUGGGGUUAACAAAAGUCGAAAAGGUCUAGUUCUGUAAAUCCCAGAAUUAACCGGUCAAGGUCUCAAGGAGCGAGAUGUCUGCAUCCGAAACCACCGAACGAAAGGGCAAAUUCUUCAAGGCCAUCGUCACCACACCCCCUGACCUCAGUAAGCCCAAGAACAAAGCCACGGCGCGGCCCUCGGCCUUGCCCACCCUUCAACCCAGGAAAUACCGCCCCGUAGACCGAGCACCGGGUACAUCAGCCAAGACAGCCCCGGGACCCACGGGGGAAGCAACGGCGUCCGUCCCCGGCGGUGACGCCAAUGAAACUCCGAAUAUCAUUGGGAGGUUGGAGGAGGCCACGUCUGGUGUCAAAUGUGAAGAGACAGGAAGAUGCGGGGAUGACGUCAGGAAUCUGACCAAGCUCCUGUUCAACAGAAAUGUUUCAGGGUUCUUGAAUGAAAGCAACAAGCUUGAAGAUAUUGCCAUCAUCCAGACAAUAUUCAAUGCCAACCACGUGCCUCAGACAGAUGCAAUAGACACCAGAAGCCAUGUCUCCUCUCAUCAACAAAAGAUGGCUUCAAAGACAGAAGUGGAUCUUCCCUGUCCAUCGACCCAGCCUGGGUUACGCUCAACCGUCCAAUCAGAACCUAACCAGCUCAACCAGGGUACAAAUAUAGGGACAAGUCGGACCUACAGACCCCUCUUGGUACGAGGAAAGCAGGGUGGUGUCCUGAGACUGGCAACAUCGGACGCCAAAGACGAACCACCACCACCACCAUCAGACGGAAAUAAUCAACCGAAACAAACGGACAAGAGAUUCGUUGGGAAACAAAGAACGGUUGGCGCGUACCCGAUGAGAUUACCGAAGCUCUCGGUUCAGCAAAGAGAACUUGGGAAUAAAAGCUGUUCCGGGAAGGAGACUGGAAAUCAAGAUUCCGACAAGGUGUGCUGCGGGACAACCAAUAUAAAACGGUCCAGAGGCAGACAACAGAUGUCCAAGUCAACAGGUUCGACGGAAGCAGGCACAUCUAUCUUCUACCCCAGUUCAAGCAACGUGACCAUCAUCCGCCGUCGAGGGCGUCACGCCAAGCCCCGUGCCGGCUCUCCUAUGCCCUCCCCGCGGAAGCCCCUCCCGCCCAUCCGGAGGCGGCACCACUCGGACAUCUGCACCGUGUGCCCCGAGGUCCACGACUGGAAGGGUUUGGCGAGGAACCCACGAUGGUACCCUUCGGCCAAGAGCGGUAGCGAGAGAGGUACAACGUGCUCGUGCGAGAAAGGUUCAACAGACGCACCGAGCACUGAGUGUGAUCAGGAUUGUCGCGCAGACACUGCUUCUGAGGAAAGGGUUGAGGCUGGGGAAGGACAGACUUUAAAGAGGGAGGACGAGGAGGAAUCUACUGAUGAACAAAUGAAAGAUGCACAAGAAAGUAACUGGUUUCCAGAGAAGAGCAUCGCAGUACCAAACAGUGAAGACUCAGAUAAUGAUGAAGAAAGCAAGACAACAUGUGAUAAGACUUGCAACGUUGAGAUGAGCAAAGGCAGUGAUGACAUCCUACAUGCUCACUGUCAGUGGCUGACGUCUGGAAAUUCGUCGCUCAGUGGUGGACACAAACACAUUUUACUCGUAGAUGGUGAUGGGUACAAUCUCCCAGAAAGGCUGCGGAUGGACGGCUUGGAUUUUGAAUGCGACAACACAACGGAAAUCGCCUUUGAGGACGAUAGCGCUCUACUACAAGCCGUCCUCCUACGCAACCAUGCUCUGAAUUACGGUGUGGUUUCCGAGUCAGGUGACCCAAACCCACCUACAGAGGUGAAAGGUCAAGCUGGUGAGAUGGCUGAAAACGGGAAUCAGCCUGUCGGUACAAGGAAAUACAAGCGUUUCGACGACCGCAGUGGGAGGCUGACUUAUCCCACACGUCUCGUUCAAGGAAGCUGUGAAGCUGUUGGAAGACUUUGUAGGUUAAGUAAUCAAGUGGAUAGACAGGGGUCACAGAUGUCCAUAAUUCCUAGGGCAGAGGUCAUUAUGACGUCAAGGGGUCAACGGAAGGUCGUCAACAGCAGCCUGGUGGCCGUCGGUAGAGGACAGAGCGCAAGCAACGUCCAAAGUGGCGAAGAGGUCUCCAGGGGUUCAGAAGAGGUUGUAAUCAAGGAUGACUCCUCCUCAGAAGCCCUCUUGAAGCGGGAGAUGAACAGGUACCUGCACUCCCUGCGUCACGAGAACGCAAGGGAGAAGCGGUAUCACCAAAGCUCUGCCUCCUCAGCCCAGAACAUCCCCAUGAAGGUGCAGAACCUUUCCGCUGUUAGACCCAUCACGGCUGAUAUCUCAAGCACCUCGGUCCUAGCCAGCCAGGUCACUAAGGCCGUUGGGUUCAUCCCGAGCGUCUCCCGCGACGAGUACGAAAGUCUCUGCAGGAAGACGGCGCACCCGACGGCCAGGUUCCCCAGGGCUCCUGCUGCCGCCCUGCCGCCCAUCGCUGGUACCAACCCCAGGGAAAUGCUGCUCAUUAAGAGAUUCGAUGGGGAGGUUAAGGGGAUGCAGUUACCCCGACAACGAGAGAGGAAGAACUAGAGAUGACCUGUCAAGACAGGAGUGAACCACAUGGAGGUGGAGCGGCAAUAGGUAUAUGCAUGCGCGUUCGAUAAAGUGGCCCUUGGUUUAUUUUCUGCCAACUUUUAUAUAAAGCAAGUAGCUUUCAGCGUUGGUGGCAGUAUUUUUGCCCAGGUGAGACUACGACCCCGGCGGUCCGAGUGGCACGUGUGCAAGUUUUGGAAGUUGAACAAUUGAGUAGCAUUGUAAAUUAAUUUGAAAUUUUUUCGUCAAGAAAAAAAGAAAAAGUUUCUCAU